AUGAGUAUUUCAAGUGAGGAUGAAAAUGAAGUCAUGCAAGUAGAGGAGGGAAGUGAUGAGGAUUAAAAAAUACAAUAAGAGGAGGAAAGAAUAAAGAAAUUAGAAUAAGAUAAGAAAACAUUCAUGAGUUCAAUCAAACAGACAACCAAAUUGAAUGCAAAUAUCAAAUUUGAUAAUAUUGAGUCAAAGAUAAAUACAUUACUUGAAAAUGCAGAGAAGUAUGCCAUGUUCCUAUUGCAUCGUCACAAGCGUACCUAGGAGUCCAAAUAGAAGGCCUUAACUUAACAGAGAGGUAAACAUAGACAAAUGAUUGACGAUGCAAGUGAAGAGGAGGAUCUUGAUGAUGCGCCAACUGUACUUGAUAAACAACCCACCAUUUUGAAGGGAGGACAACUCAAGCAAUAUCAAAUGACAGGGGUUAAUUGGAUGAUUUCCUUGUUUGAAGAGGGAAUCAAUGGUAUUUUGGCUGAUGAAAUGGGUUUGGGCAAAACUAUAUAAACUAUAGGAUUCAUAGCAUUUCUAAAAGAAUAUACUAAGAUCAGUGGACCACAUUUAAUUGUGGCUCCCAAAUCAACCCUAGGUAAUUGGAUGAGAGAAUUCAAGAAAUGGCUGCCUUGUGCAAGAGUACUUAAAUUAAUAGCUGUGAAAGAAGAAAGAGAGGAUAUCAUCAAUAAGUCAUUCCAACCUGGCAAAUUUGAUGUUUGUUUAACAAGUUAUGAAGGAGUCAACAUCUGUUUAAAACACAUCCGAAGAUUUUAAUACAAAUACAUUAUAAUAGACGAAGCACAUAAAAUUAAAAAUGAAGAUGCCAUCAUUAGUUAAAAUCUGCGUAAAAUCAGAACCAAUUAUAAAUUGUUAUUGACUGGUACUCCACUAUAAAACACACCCCAUGAAUUAUGGAGUUUAUUGAACUAUCUCUUACCAGACUUAUUCGAUUCCUCUGAAGUCUUUGAUAAAUGGUUUGAAACAAUCAAACAAGAAGAAUUGGAUUAAAGAAAUCUUGAGAUGUGCUAAAAAUUCCAAAAAAUUCUAAGACCUUUUAUGUUAAGAAGAACCAAGGCUGAAGUUGAAAGAAUCUUACCUCCCAAAUAAGAAAUCCAUCUUUUCAUCAAAAUGACAAAUCUCUAAAAAUAAAUGUAUUAGAAUAUUCUUUUACACAACAAUCCCCAUGAAGGCGAUGACAAAGGCUUUUACAUGAAUAAACUAAUGUAACUACGUAAAAUCUGUCUUCAUCCUUAUUUGUUCCCUGAAGUUGAGGAUAAAUCCCUACCUCCUUUGGGAGAACACUUAGUCGAAGUUGCUGGGAAAAUGAGAGUGUUGGAUAUCUUUUUAAAGAAAUUAAGUGAUGGCACACAUCAGGUCUUAAUAUUCUCAUAAUUUACAAUGAUGCUCAACAUUCUUGAAGAUUAUUGUAAUUACAGAAAAUAUGACUAUUGUAGAAUAGAUGGUGAAACAGAGAUCCAAUAAAGAGAUGAUCAAAUUGCUGAAUUCACUAAACCUGACAGUAAAAAGUUCAUUUUCCUACUCUCCACUAGAGCAGGUGGUUUAGGAAUCAACUUGGCUACUGCAGACACUGUCAUUAUUUAUGAUUCUGAUUUCAAUCCUUAAAUGGACAUGCAAGCUAUGGAUAGAGCACAUAGAAUUGGCUAAAAGAAUAGAGUGAUGGUUUAUAGAAUGGCAUGUGAACAUACUAUUGAAGAGAAAAUCAUAGAAAGAUAACAGAUUAAGUUACGUUGGGAUUCCCUGAUGAUCUAAUAAGGUCGGUUAUCAUAGAAGCAAAGUGGAAAAUUAUUAUCGAAGGAGGAUCUCAAAGAGUUGACUACUCAUGGAGCCUCUUAGAUCUUUAAAUUAGAUGGGGAUGAUAUCAAGGAUGAAGAUAUUGAUAUCCUUUUAAAGAGAGGUGAACAAUUAACACAAAGAUUUGAGAGUUUCAAAGAUAAAAUGUAAUCACUUGAUCUAGGGUUGGGAUAAAUUAAUAUUUUUGAUUAUUUUAAUGAAGAAAAGCAAAAUAAAAUGGAUGAGGAUGCUCUUGAAGAUGCAAUUGCUAAUCAUCAUUUCAAUGAGAACAAAACUAGAAAUAGAGAUAAAAGAGCCAUGAUGCUUGGAGGCAAUUCUAAGAAAAUCUAGGGAAAAUAAAUUAAAUUAUCAGAGCAUCAUUUAUAUGAGAGUAAAGACAGAUUAUAAUUUCUAUUGUAAAAGGAAGAAGAUUUUAUCGCCUAACAAAAGACUCAAAAGAAAGGUAUUGAAAAUGAGGAGAAUGUGGAUUUUGGAGGACUCACCUAAGAAGAAAGACAAGAAUAAAAAUAAUUACUUGAAACAGGAUUUAAAAAUUGGAACAAACAGGAGUUUUCUGAUUUCAUCACUGCUAAUGAGAAAUAUGGCAAAGAUGCUUAUGAGAAAAUUUAAGAGUUCGUUAAAUCCAAAACUCUCGAUGAAGUCAAAGCUUAUGCUUAAGCAUUUUGGGAAAGAAUAGAUGGCUUAAGCGAGAAGGAUAAAAUUGUUAAGUAAAUUGAAAGAGGUCAAAAGUUGAUUGAAUAGAAAACCAAUGGGUAAAAAUUAAUUGAGGAAAAAUGCAAACAUUUUCAUUAACCAAAAUAUGAACUUGUCUUUACUCCACAACUCUAUAACAAAUUCAAAAGUAAAUAUUUUAGCUUAGAAAAUGAUAAAUAUCUUAUCUAUAUGACCAAUGAAGUUGGAUAUGGAAAUUGGACCUUACUCAAAUAAUCCAUAAGAAAAGAACCAAUGUUCAGAUUUGAUCAUGCAUUCAAAUGCAAAAGCGAAAACGAACUCAAAAAUAGGGUUAUUUCUUUAGUUAAAAAAAUAACUCUAUGGGUCGUUCUCCCUGUUAAAACUACAUAUGUUGAUAAACCAAAAGUUCAAUAGGAUUCAUAAAAAAAGAAAAUGAAAAAUGAAGAAGAUGAAAUCCAGGAUGGUUCAGAGUCAGCUAAAAAAGUUAAAUUGUGA